AUGAGCACGAACAACCCACCAAUGGGAGGGCGACCUAAUAUGGACAAACCCAAGACACCAAAUCGAGACAUCAAUAAGUUAAUGCUCUCUGAGUGCAGAGGCCGCGUCCCUCUAUGUGCUCUACUUUCUCUCGGAGACAUCUCCAAAGCGAGAAAUGAAUUGAAGCGGCUCGGGAUCACUGGUAUGUACGAAAUACCUUACCGUGAUGACAUGCGCUCAGAUAAGGGUCAGUUGCAGUGGCUUGACCUCCUACGUGGAUGCCUUCACGAAGGUGACAGAGCAAGGUAUGAGAAACAGAUGAGCUCAUUGGUCGCAGAAAUGACGAAGAAACUGGAGUCUAAGCAACAUCAUGUAGACACUUUAACAGAAAUCUUAGAGGAGAAAGAGCGAUAUGAGACGACUCUAACACAACAAGUUGAAGAGCUCAAGAAAGGAAGAGAGGAUGACAGAGCAAAAUCUGAAAAAGAUAAGCGGUCAUUGACCGCAGAUAUGACGAAGAAACUCGAGUCUAAGCAACAGCACGUAGACUCUUUGACAGAAAUUGUACAGGAGAAAGAGCGAAAUGAGACGACUCUAACACAAAAAGUUGAAGAGCUAAAGAAAGGAAGAGAAGAAGACAGAACAAGAGCUGAAAAAAACAAGCUCUUAUUGGCAGCAGAAAUGACAAAGAAACUCGAGUCUAAGCAACAGCAUGUAGACUCUUUGACAGAAAUUGUACAGGAGAAAGAGCGAAAUGAGACGACUCUAACACAAACAGUUAAAGAGCUAAUGACAGGAAGAGAGGAAGACAGAGCAAAAGCUGAAAAAGACAAGUGCUUAUUGGCAGCAGAUGUGACGAAGAAACUCGAGUCUAAGCAACAACGCGUAGACACUUUGACAGAAACCGUAGAGGAGAAAGGCCGAAAUGAGACGACUCUAAGACAGCAAGUUCAGGAGCAAAAGAAAGGAAGAGAGGAAGACAGAGCAAGAGCUGAGAAGGACAUACGAUCAAUAGAAUUAAGCUGGAAGAAGGAGCAUGACUCAAAGGAACAGCUUUUGGAGCAACUUGAGCGUGAGAUCUGGAAGCUGAGAACCAAAAUUCAAUUAGAAAGUGAGAUACGAUCAGCAGAGCAGAAGAAGAAAGCAGAGACACAACAAUGGAGUUUCAUUCCUUGGGUGACCUCUGGGAAACAAGCUCAGGGGGGCACAUCAUCUUUUGAGGAUAAUUCAACCGGAGGACUGGGAAGGAGUGAUACAUUACAAGCAGGGUGA